UCCGAGACAAACAGUCUGGCACUGUUCGAUUAUCCAAUAAUUAUAUUUUUGUAAAAAAGUAAAGAGCAAACAACGGAAGCGAUAAAUUAUUAAUGGUUCGAUUUACUGCAUUAUUUCUACCGUCAAUUUAAAAUCGGUAAGGCAACGUUAAUUAGGACCACCUAAACCAUGGACUCUCGCGAGCUACAUAUCAACGAUCUGCCCAGCGAAAUGCUGCUGCACAUUUUCGCUUUUCUACCGCACCUGAAGGACCGCAAUCCGCUUUCCUUGGUGUGUCGACGAUGGAAUGACCUGGCUUUCAACUACAACUAUUUAAGCCAUAUCCGGCUGAAACUAUUGCUCGACGAGGAUAACGUGGAGAAACUGCAUAAAAUUUCCCGAUACUACCGUAGCGUAUCCCUACACGUUCAGCUUAGUGCAAGCUUGGAUGACGAGCAAAUCGAACGAAUACUGACACGGUUCGAGAAACCCAGCACCUCCCUGGAGGAGCUCGUGUGUAUUGACUCAUCGGCAUCGCCAGACUUUCUGGCGCUGAAACUUCUCGCCAUAUGUCCGAGCGUUAGGAAGUUUCAACUUGACUCCGACUGGAACAUACCGGAUGCAGAACUACCGGUCCUGGAGAAUUUGGACGAACUGAUCGUUACCGGUAUAACGAGGGUGAACAUCAAUCGUCUGGCUCCGAAUUUACGUAGGCUUGAAACCUGGAGCGAACUUGAUACCUUGCUGAUGGUCAUUCAGAAAUUGCCUUUAGAGCAUCUGCGAGUGGAUUUCGCAGUCAUAUACGUUGAUAUAUUUCAAAAUUGUACCGAAGUAACCAAGCUUACGUCGGUUGACCUGUUUUUUAGCCCUAUUGACCAAAAAGGCUUAGAGCAACUGUGUAAGUUCUGUCCAUUGUUGAGCAAGCUGCGACUAACUGUCACAAAGAUCGCAUCACUACGAUGCUUGGCCAGUCUAACGCAUCUUAAGGUUCUUUCCUUGUACAAUGUGAAUAAUGCACUGUUUGCAAGCAAAGAUGCUUGCUUGCCCAACGUUGAAAUAGUCGAAUUCACGAUACGGGAGAAUUUGCAUUUCGACAGCUCUAUGCAGCGCGUGUUUCCCAACGUUCGCUACUUGAAAUUUGAGUACUUUUACAAAGGAUGGGAUUUGACGGCAGCAACGGGAAAGGUCUGCGAUGGUUUUCCACGGCUCAAAACCUUAGAGUUUUCACUUUGCCGCACUAAAUCGUACCUUGAUCAGCUGGAAGGAAUGGCUGAUUUGCGUGAACUUAUCGUAGGUAAAUUACCCCAGCUGACGGGUAGCAGCUUACCACCAAUGAAUGCAGUGCAAUGUUUGACGCUGAAAAACACUGAACUAGAGGUGACCGGUGAGAUGGUGAAAAAUCUCCCCAGUUUGCAGUUCGUGAAUCUAUACGGUUCUUCGCGAUGCAUCGGAGCCGGACUGCUGCCCUCGAGCUGUGCGGUUAGGCGCUAUCUCAGGCAUGGCAGUAACGAUAUAUUUGACGUAGAAUAAAUGUUGGA